AUGAGGCGCAGCAGACUGGAUGCCCAGCCCAGUGACAGUGACUCCAGUGAAGCAGAGGACCUACCUGUCUUUGACUUCUUAAAACCCACACGCAGUCAAGCAGACCACAGUCGAGCGGAGCCGGCUCAGUUGGUGGUCCUUGAUAGCUCAGACUCGGAGUCCCUGGGGCCGCCUUCCCCUGUAUCACACCAAGAGCCCUGUCCUGCGGUCCCAGAGCGACAGGGGCCCAAGGUGUUGAUGGUCAGCAGUGACAGCGAAGAGGAGGAAGCUUCUGUGCCCCUGGCACUGAGAUUGAAACAGCGCCUGGGUAAUCCUGUCACGUCCACCACCGCCGCUCACCAAGGUCGGCCCCAACACCCCCCCUCCAGAUGCCCAGACGUCUCUGUGCAGCCCCACUGUGCUAAAUCCAGCUCGGACCCCACUCCAGCUGGCGAGUUCAACACCCCUCUUCUCCGCAACCCGGAAGCCGAUGAGGAAAACGAGGGCCCUAAGGGAUCUGCUGCAGUCUGGCGUUCAGCAGAGUCCUUCCCAUGGACAGAAGGCGGCGUGUCUCCGCCUAAGAAGAAAGUGGCCAAACGGACUCCAGCGGAGAUAGAGGCAGCCAGGCAGGAGGCCCUGAGGAAGAGGGCUGUGCGACAGAAGCAGCAAAUGGACAAGGAGGAGCGUAGGCUAGAGCUGGAGAGGCAGAGGGCUGAGAAGAAGGCCCUGGCCGAUGCUGUGAAAGCUCUGAGGCCUGAGGAGUGCAUAAAGCACAUAGUGGUGUCUGUGGACCCAGGUUUGCUGCAGCUGGAGGGUGGGGGUGCACUUCUCACAUCCCUUCAGGCUAUGGGGUGCAGCUGUGCCAUCGAGAGUCAUGUUAUACCCUGCAGUAUCACCUGGGCAAGGAGGACACCUAGUACACAGACAGGAGAAGUACAGUGUGUUCCAGAAUCCCAGGCAGUGAUCAAUGUACCGGUGGAAGACUUCAUUGCUAUGACCCAUAGCUACAGUCAGGUGCAGAGAGGCAAUUCAUUUGAUUAUGGCCCAACUCUGACUGCCUGGACGCUCCGCCUCCUGGCCCGGAGUCCAGGCCUGACCCUGAGCUUAGUUGUGAUUGACCUAGAGAAGUACUUCAGGUCCCAGAAAUCCCAGGCUCAGAAGAGGUACCGUAAAGCUGUGCUGGGAGAGGAGCAGGGGGCAGGCGCAGGGGCGGCAAAGAGGAGGAAGAAGAAGGAGGAGGGGGAGCAGCUCCCCGAGGUGUCCCGGGUAGAGGUGGAGGAGGCCCUUGUGGACCUGCAGCUGCACACAGGGGUCCAAGUGCAUUUCCUUCCCACAUGGAAGGAGUUCACAGAUUAUAUCACCAUGUCAACCAAAGCAGUAGCAGAAGCGCCUUUCAAGAGGGAUCGGGACAGGACAGGCUUCAGUUUCUGCCUGGAGAGUGAGUGGGCAGGGGGGCAGAAGGUGGACAGAGGAGGGAAGGGCCUGCUGCAGGUCUGGAAGAGACAGAUCCAGCAGCUGAACCGGGUCAGUGCUGACAUCGCCAGCGCCAUCCUUGCUGCCUACCCCUCCCCACAGCUGCUGGCUCAGGCAUAUGAUCGAUGCAGGUCAGAGCGUGAGAAAGUCUCCCUGCUGUCGGACAUUCUGAUUCGCCGUGGGGAAGGUGUGACCUCCACAACACGGAGGGUUGGCCCAGAGCUGUCUAAACGCGUCUUCCUACUGAUGACAUCGACGGACCCCAACCAGGUUCUUGACUCCACAGGCGAUUGA